UCCUCUUCAGUGUAAAACGCAACUCACUUGCAACAGAAGAAAUAAAUAGCUACCUGAAGUGCACACAUACAAAAACUAGCUUUUCUCAGGCGUGUCGCGUGAGCCCAAGUGCAGUCAUGUGUGACCAGACGUUCGUGGCCGUGACCUUUGGCCCUUGCGAGAGCUGCGACAAGGCCAGCCCUCUCAUGAACAUCUACAUCAAAACAGAGCCCAUCAACUACUGUGCCUUCUGCGUGGAGAAGAUGGCGUGUCAAGGGCUCCAGGCGGGGGAAAGUUUGGCCUCGCUCAAGAGGGAAAGUGCAAAUUUGAAGAAGAAGUUGGACGAAGAGAGGAACAAGCUCAACGACGUCGAGUUGAGCAAGGUGGCAGAGAAGGUGGAGGUGUUGUCAUCUCUGUCCAUCAAGACCAGACGUGUGCUCAAGGGUCACAACAACAAAGUGUUGUGCAUGGACUGGUGCAAAGACAAGCGGCGCAUGGUUAGCUCCUCCCAGGAUGGUAAAGUCAUUGUGUGGGAUGCAUUUACUCUCAAUAAGGAGCAUGCCUUGAGCCUACCAUGCACUUGGGUGAUGGCGUGUGCAUAUGCUCCUUCGGGUUGUGCAGUGGCGUGCGGAGGACUGGACAACAAAUGUUGUGUGUUCCCGCUCUCUCUGGACCCAAAUGAGAACCCAGUGACCAAGAAGAAGGUGGUCGCCAUGCACACCAACUACGUUUCAGCAUGCACCUUCACCAAUUCGGACAUGCAGCUGCUGACUAGCAGUGGUGACGGAACCUGCGCUCUGUGGGACGUAGAGAGUGGACAGCUGCUGCAGAGCUUCCACGGUCACACCGCGGAUAUUUUGUCCCUUGACCUCGCCCCUUCCGAGACCGGCAACACUUUUGUCACUGGAGGCUGUGAUAAGAAGGCCAAUGUGUGGGACAUGCGCUCUGGUCAGAACAUACAGUCCUUUGAGGACCACCAGUCUGACAUCAACUGUGUCAAGUACUACCCUAGCGGAGAUGCUUUUGCGUCUGCGUCUGACGACGCCACGUGUCGCUUCUACGAUCUGCGCGCUGACCGCGAAGUGGCAGUCUACCAGAAAGACAGCAUCAUUUUUGGGGCAUCUAGUGUGGACUUCUCCCUUAGCGGUCGCCUGCUCUUUGCCGGCUACAACGAUUACACUAUAAACGUGUGGGACGUCCUGAAAGGAAAUCGCAUUUCUACAAUGUAUGGUCACGAGAACCGCGUCAGCAGAGUGCGAUUGUCACCUGACGGCACGGCCCUCUGCUCCGCCUCUUGGGAUACCACCUUGCGGAUUUGGGCCUAAAAUCUGCAUGGGAGAAGCUGCAAUCAACAUUAGCAUUUCAACCAACCUUCAGCUGGAUGAGGACACAAGCUGGAUGAGGACACAGGCAAACGAAUAAAAACCUCAAAUGACUUUAAAAUGUGAAUGACAAAACUUAGAAGAAAAAAAAAAGUCAUGUAGUGUUUUUUAUAACAUUAAGUGGCAUAUUCUUGUAAUAAGUGGAUAAUGUCACAGGAAAAUGAUAUGGGUGACUCAACAGACAACUUUGUAUGGGGUUUGUACACACUGGAAGUACAGUAAUGUGUCUCAAAAUGUUUGUAAAAUAACCGCCAGUCUCGCUGUUCAAAUGGAAUGGACAUGUUUUUGUCAAUGGCAGUGAUUGAGCCAAUAAUGCUGCCGUAUAUGAGGAUAUGUGGAUUUUAUUAAGUACAGUAGUAAUUUGUUUGUUUGACUAGGUUCACAUGGCCCAAUAUUGAACCUUUUGGCCAUGACACGUCUUGAAUUGAUGACAGUAAAGGUUUAAAGGUCUUCACAUCAUUGAUGGGCUGUUUUUUCUUCUUGAUGACCUUUAAAAAAACACGUUUAGGGGAAUCUCAUUGAUCUGUAUUUGCCUCCCUUUCUCAGCAAGUGAGAUAAUUAAAUGGGAAAGUACCUGGUAAGGGUGUACACAGAUGAGGGAAAUUACUGAGAAGGGAAAAAUAAUGGCAGUUGCAAUAAACUUGUUUGACUGCAGGAUAAGUCUCGUGUUUAUUUCUCACUUCCCCAUGUUGGUUAUUGAAGCACAUCACUUUUUAUACACUGUUUGGGAU